AUGUCAGAUAUUCUUAAAGAUGCAGCCCCAGAGUUUGAGAAAUUUGAAGUCAAGUUCAGUAGGGAAACUGUUGUAAAAGCACUGAAUCCUUUACUAGAGCCAUUUUCAAUCACUCUCUCAAAUCUUGACCUACUUUCAGGCCGUUUUCCUGUUACAUACUUGUAUUUCUACAGCAGGCCAAAAAUAGGUAACUUCGAAGCUUUUGUUGAGACUCUUAAAAGCUCGCUAGCACACAUACUCAAUUAUUACUAUCCCUUUGCUGGCCAAAUUGUUCACAAUCCCAAAACUAAUGAGCCUGAAAUAAUUUGUGACAACAAUGGUGCUCUAGUCAUUGAAGCUCAUGCAUGUAUCCCAUUAAAGGAUUUAGAUUUUCAUAAUCUCAAUGAAACACUUAAAGAUAAGGUAGUCUCAAUUCAACCAGAUUUUCCCAUGCAAAUUCAAGUUACAGAAUACACUUGUGGAGGCAUUUCCAUAGCAUUUACUUUUGAUCAUGCAUUAGGUGAUGCAAGUUCCUUUGGUAAAUUCAUUGCCUCAUGGUGUGAAAUAGCUCAAAAUAAACCACUCUCAUGCAUGCCAGACCAUAGUAGACACCUUUGUGCACGUUCUCCUCCCACAUAUCAACCAUCCUUGGACCAAACUUAUAUGAAGUGCACUAUGGAAGAGAUACAGAACAUGACAAUGAACCCAAUCUCACUGAAACGCCUCUAUCACAUCAAUGCAUCAAGUAUCAACAUGCUGCAGAACCUUGCUUCUGUGAAUGGUGUCAAGAGAACAAAGAUUGAGGCUUUCUCUGCAUAUGUAUGGAAGAUAAUGAUUACAACCAUUGAUCAAAGCCAUAAAAAGUGCAAGAUGGGUUGGUUAGUGGAUGGACGAGAAAGAAUGGGAAGAGGUAAGAAUUCAAUGUCAAAUUAUGUUGGUAAUGUUUUGUCUGUGGCUUUAGGGGAAGCAAGCAUUGAAGAAUUGAAGGAAGCUACUAUAUCGAACAUUGCUAACAUAGUGCAUGAGUCAAUUUCAAAGGUCAACAAUGAGGCUCAUUUUUUGGACUUGAUUGAUUGGGUUGAGUGCCAUAGGCCUGGUUUGAUGCUAGCAAAGUCAGUGUUGGGUCAGGAGGGACCAACACUGGUUGUGUCUUCAGGUCAAAGGUUUCCUAUCACUGAAGUUGACUUUGGAUUUGGGACUCCCUUGCUAGGGACAGUUUACACUUCUAUUGAAAGGGUAGGAGUUGGUUACAUGAACCAAAGGCUAAGUGCUAAGGGUGAUGGAUCAUGGAUCGUGUCUGCUAUCUUGUGGCCUGAAUUGGAAGCUGCAUUUCAUCAUGACCCAAUUUUCCAGCCCAUGUCUGCUUCUCAUCUUCUACUUUAG